CUGAAAAAGAUAUCCACUCGCGUUGCACCGACAGCGGAGCACCCCAAUCCCCUUCUCCCCAUUUCUUUCUCGCCUCAUCCUCGCUCCGCCUUGUGCCGGUAUACCGGUAUACCCUCUUGCCCCGCCGUCUUCCCGCCGUACAUUAUUAUGUCACUUCGGAAACGGAAGCGUGUUGGGAGCAGCGGACGCCUCUCCUCCUCCGACGGAACCCUAACGGAAGAGUCCUCCCCCUCCCAGCCGUCGCCCCCCCUCCACCCCGCCUCCAGCCUUGGCGGCUUCAACGACCCGGCCACCGCCGACGUCCUCCUCCUCCUCCAGCCGGACGACCCCGAUUCCUUCCAGUCGCUCGAGCUCCACCUCCACUCCGCCGCGCUCCGCCGCUCCCGCUACUUCUCCGCCCUCCUCUCCGACCGAUGGCACCACCCCGACCCCGGCGGAGACGGGAUCCGGCAGCUUUUCCUCAAGAUCUCCCCUGCCGGCGACCUACGCUGCCCCCCAUUCGACGCCUACGUCGCCGUCCUCCGCCUCCUUCACACCCUCGACUUCGCCGGCGCGAUCCGCUCGGUAGCCGACGCCCUGGAGAUGCUUCCGGUGGCGCUGGAGCUCCUCUUCGAUGACUGUGUCCGGGCCUGUGUCCGGUUCCUCGAGGCCGUGCCGUGGACCGAGGAGGAGGAGGAGGGGAUCCUCAGCGUGAUCCCCUUCCUUCGCGAAGAAGAAUCCCGAGAUCUCCUUGCUAGGGUUUCUCCGAAGGCGGCCGCCGGAGACUGGAAUUGCACGUCGGAGGGGAUGCUCUGCGGCUUGAUCCAUUCGGCGAUCCAUGGCCAUCCGAACGUGGCCACCGUGAAGGCCUUCGUGGCGAAGCUACUGAGAGAUUACUCCUCUCGGGAUUCGGUGCGGAGGGUGCUGGACCAAGCCUUCUUGUUGGGCUUGGACACGGUGAAGGAGUUGCUAGGGAAGUAUGCGAGGCCGGAUUUCAGGAUGGCAGGGGAUAACGAUGAGAGGGAGGCGAUUCAGAGGCUUAAUCUGCACGCGACCAUGGUGAAUGUGAAGCACCUGCAUUGGCUGGUGGAGAGGAUGAUCGAGCUGAGGGUGGCUGACACAGCGGUGAAAGAGUGGAGUGAGCAGACUGCGCUUGCUGCUGACUUGCAGAAGACUUUCAGGGAUGAUGCAUGGAAGAACAUAGCUCCGGGACUGCCGACGCUCGUUGCAAGGUGCACUUGCCGGCUUGCCAAUUCAGUUGCUUCUGGGUCUACUUUGGCUCCUGGGCAGAUGAGGGACUGCUGCUCAUAGUCAGCUUAUGACAAUUGCACAACCUGAUAGAUUUUGUCUUCAGGAAGCUAUGGAAAAGAGAGAGACUAGUGAUCAAUGUUUAUGGCAGGCAUCAUGUGUGUUAUAAACUAUACAAGUAAUAUUAUAAUGCACUUUGAUGCUGGGCUAUUAUAUGUGAAUAUUUGUAACGCAAGCUUGCAUGGUGCCACACAUGUAUGUCUGUUCGUGCAUGUUUGCAUGUAAAUAAGUUUGUAUAUGAUCUCUUUGUAUAGUAAUGUUGCUUAUUUGCUGGUCGAUUCAAGCUCAAGUCAUGUACUUAUAGUUCCAUUUCCUCUCUGGUUUCCACAAUUCUUUGGAUGACGUGAUGCUAUUAUGUUUGUAGAGUUUCUUUGUAGGCACUUUUUUGGGUAUAGUACGAGUCUAGUAGGCAAGCAUUCAUGUGUAACCAUAUCUAUUCCUUGUUUAAGUAUGUUAUUAUUGAAUAGAAAAUCCUGGUAUGCUAACCAUUAAGUUUCUUAGUGUUAACUCAAUGUCUGUCCUUUAUGUUACUUGAAAAUUUUAAAUUGUUAAUGCUUGUCCAGUAAUUAUCAAAUCUGUUCACAUACUUUUAUGGUAUUUCAUUGACAGCCUGAUGCCACUUGUUCAACAAUUUUCAUAUUCAAGCUUGGGAGAGGCAUUAAGGAAUUACUGAUUAAGAACUAAUUAGUAUCAUUUAUGUCAUGGAGAUGCCCUUUAGCUUAAAUUAGAAAAAAAUUUGGAUUAUAAGUUUUCUGGUUUUAAAAUUUUAAUUGCUGACUUACCACCAGCUAAGCUAUGCUUGAGCUGACAAUUUUACAUCAUUAGCAGUAUAAGGUUCUUAGUAUUAGCGUUUCAUAU